GCGGAAGCGGAAGGGGCCUCCGCCGCCCCCGUCUCGCUCGCCUUCCUCGUCCCGCAUCCUCCCGCUUUCCUCGCCGGCUGCCGGAAGAGGCGGGUCUCUCUCUCUCUCCCGCUUCCGCUUCCGGUGCCCCGUUGCCGGGGAGACGCCUCCCGGUCCAUGGCGGCCAUGAGCGAGUUCCGGCUCCACCACGACGUGAACGAGCUUCUCCGGCUCCUCCGCGCGAGGGGCUCCUGCGGGGAAGGCGGCGCCGAGGGCUACGUGGAGCUGCUGCAGAGGAGCCAGAGCGGGCCCUUCCUCGCCACCUCCGCCGCCGCCCUCGGAGCCAAGGCGAGCCGGGGCCCGGGGGGGGGAGGGAGGGAGGGAAGGACCCCCCCGGGACCCCGCCCGGCCCCCUCCCUCCCUGGGUGGCCCCGGGACCCCCCAAGGACUCUCCCCGCCGGGCGCUGACCCCCCCCCCGUCUCCCCGCAGGUGAAGAUCGCGGAGUUUUCUCGGACGCCGGAAGACUUUCUGACCAAGUACGACGAGCUGAAGUCGAAGAACACGCGGCACCUGGACUCGCUGGUGCAGCUGCUCUCCAAGCUGACCGAGGACAAGGAGGUGAGGAGAGGCGGGCGGGGACAGGAAAGGAGACCCAGAAAGCAGUUCCAGAUCCGGGGAAGGGAGGCGGGUCCCCCCAGAAGCAGCCCCAGCCAGCCAUUCCUCAGCCCAGCCCAGCGCUGGCUCCCCGGUUCCCCAUCAAGAGAAGAAGCAGAGGGUGGGACCUGCAGCCCGUGGCUGGAGGGUCCAGAGCCCCCGCUCCCCUCUCUCCCUUCCCACCCGGCAGACUGACAAGAGACAGACAGCUUGCUCUGGCCUGAGGCCUGAAUUUGAAGUCGGCCCCCCGAGGGCUGCAGGUUGCCCACCUCGGCUGUCAUAUAUCAAGACUGGGGAGGGAGGCAGCUGGGAGAUCCACUCUCCUUGUGGGCUGUGGCUCUUUGGUGCCGUUCCUGAGUUCUGCUUUUUGUGGGGCUUUUGCAGACCCUCCAGUACUUGCAGCAAAAUGCCAAGGAAAGGGCAGAGCUAGCAGCCAAUGCAGCGGCCAACAGUGGCGGAGCCAGCAGCAGCGUCACUUUCUCCAUCCCCUCAACAACAGCCAAAAUGACCGCCCAGGAGCUGGAGGAGCUACGGAAGCAGCUGGGCACUGUCACAACCAGCUCCAGCGCCCCACAGGUCCCUCUCUUCUCUCGGGUCCCCUGGUUUGUUAUUUGGGAAGGGAGGGUUCUGCUGCAGCCAAAGCCUUUGGGAUCUCUCUCUCUCACACGGCAAGCCUAGGAUGGGGAAGCCAGUGACCUCAGUGGGCAGCUGCAGGAGGUCCUUAGCUGGGCUCCCUGUAGUGCCUACUUCAGAGGAAGUUCUGCCUUGUCCAACGCUCCGGGCGGGUGGGCUGGUCUUCGGUUUGCCAAGGGGACUAGGGGUGGGUCCUGAGAGGCCUCCCUGGGUGCAAAUACUGUGCCAGUCUCUUUUGCCCUCUGAGCAAAGGGGGCAGGAACUGGCAGCGAGUGGGAGCCCAGCUGCCACACACCCUGCUGCCAUGGCUGCUUGAUAGUUCAGUGUCUGGGCUGGCCUGUCACUCACUCUCUUCCUUGGCAGUCUCUUGAGCUGGUGCGGAAGUCGCUCAGGGACAAGCAGAACAGGAAGAACUCUGGGCAGCCCAUCCCGUCCUUUCCCGCCUGGGUGUAUGAGAGGCCGGCCCUCAUCGGGGACUUCCUCACGAGCUCCAGCCUGAGCCUGGACACCACGGUGCCUAUAGGUGAGUCUUGCACGAGAGGAGCAGAGGGUCUCACAGCUUGGGGCUGUUUCUGCCUCCCCUGCCUGCUGGAUGUUUCUCUGGGACCCUUAAUGGGCAGCUGGUGAUGCUUUGCCAACGUGGGUCUGGGCAGUGCAGUGCGGAAGGUCCAGAACACAAGAAGAGUGGGGCGGCUGGAUCAGGCCAAAGGGGCCUAUCCAUUCCAGCAUCCUGUCCUCACAGGGGCCCACCAGAUGCCCCCAGUGGGAAAUCCAUUGGCAGGAUCCAAGCCCAAGAGCCCUCUCCUCUCCCAUAGCUGCCAACAACUGCCAGCUUAUCAUAGAUUAAAAACACAUGAAUAUGAGUAGAGUUUUAUUUGUGAGCCCAGCAGGCACAAUAAAAAGUGUCAAACAGCUUGACGUAUAAAAAUAAGCACACAAAACCGUUUCCAGGUACACAAAGGCAGCCACCUGCCAAAUGCCCUCUCCUCUACCGGUGGUGGGAGACCCUGCUCUUUUUAAGAAUGGCCAGCUGCCCUUUUGGCCCUCAGGCGGGUUCCCCAGAUGCAUUUGUUUGAGUGGCGCCGGUGCAUGACGUGCCGCUUUCCUCUGCCAGGGACUUUGCCACUGGCAGCCCAGGAAUCUGCUGUGGUGGAGGACUUGCUCUACGUCUUGAUUGGGGUGGAUGGCCGGUACAUCACUGCGCAGCCACUGGUGGGCAGAGAGAGCCGCACUUUCUUGGUGGAUCCCAACCUGGAUAUGUCAGUCAAGGAGCUGGUCACCAGGAUCCUCCCCGUGGCAGCGAGCUACUCCAUCGUCACCAGGUAGCAGCCUGGGGUUCCUCAUCAUGGACGGAGCUGGGGGAGGCGAAGAGGACGCAGCGACAGCCUAUGUCCCAUCCCUCCGGCUGAGGGCUGGGGGGGGGGCCUCUGGGGUUCCUCCCACCUGGGGGCUGCAGCAGCUCAGAGCCCCAAAGGCCCCUGGAGCUCAGAGAACCUAGGGAGCUUCCUGCUUCCUCUCAUUGCUGAGCUGCACAAGAACAAGGCUUCCUUGCAUCUCGGGCAGGGGGGGCUUGGAGGUGGCAUUGGUGGGCCAUGUUUCUGGUGGGGCCCAGAGGUGCUGGGGCUCGCUUCCAGCAGCAGCUCUCUGUCCUGCGCCCUGACAGGUUCGUGGAAGAGAAGUCUUCCUUUGAGUACGGGCAGGUGAACCACGCGCUGGCGGCCGCCAUGAGGGCCCUGGUCAAGGAAUACAUGACCCUGGUGACGCAGCUGGAGCACCUGCAGCGCCAAGGCCUGCUCUCCCUGCAGAAGCUCUGGUUCUACAUCCAGCCCACCAUGAGGACCAUGGAGAUCCUGGCUUCCCUGGGUGAGUGCGGGGCAAGGUCUCUCUGGGGGGCAGUGAGCAGGGUGUCUUUCUGGGCAGCCGCCUUCUCUGUCUGCUUGCCUCCUGCUCCCCUGGAGGGGGCAAGGGAGGGAGAGAGGCUUGGACCUUGGAGCCCCAGUGCCAGGAGAGGCCGAGAUGGCUCUCCUUCAUCAAGGGGGGCGGUGGAAGGAGCUGGGUCCGUGUGUGCAGGUGGGUCUCUGGCUCUGCCCACCGCUGGGAUGUUGCUGCAGGGAGGGUCCUUUCAAGGGAGUCCAGCAGCCCACAGCUGAAAGGGGUUCCCUCGUGCCACAGUCAGUCUCAGGUGAGGCCAGUGAUUGGGUCAUUCCUUUUCCUGGGGGCAGCAAAGUCAAAGGGGCUCCCUCUGGGCCUACCCACCCCCUGGAGGGAGGACCAGGGCCCCCUGGGAAUGCCACUCCUCCUCCUCCCCACAAGGAGCCCCAUCCCUCAGCCCUAGAAAGAGGAGCUGCAGGGGAGCUUCCUUUGUACACACAUCCCCCCCCAAAUGCUGUGGAAGCCUCCAAGUCCCCCCUACCCUGGUGCCCCAGAGCAGAAAGGGGCAUCCUCUGGCCCCUCCUUAUAUUGGUAAUAAUUUUUAUAAAGUUGCCACAGAGGGAUGUCGGGAUGUCUUCAUUUUGAUUACUGUAUAUAUAUUACAGUUUUUAAGGUUGAUCUCUUCUGUGAACCGCCCUGAGACCUCCAGGUAUAGGGUGGUAUAUAAAUUCAAUUAAGAAGAAGAAGAAGUUUGCAAUUACAAUCCGAUAAUAGCCUCAUUAUAACAAUACCAACUUAUAAUACAGUUAUUAAAACCCGUCCCCUGGCCCCUCCUGCUGACUGCAGGAAUAAUGCUGGCGUGCUCGCUCUCAGUCUGUGAGCUGUACACUAUUUGUUGCUUUUGCAGAAGCUUCUAUCAGCUGAAUAGGGUGGGGUGGGGGGACAUUCUUUGAAUAAACAGUUCUACAUGAUUCAGAUUCAGCACAGCGGAUUGGCUGGAGCACCUCAAUCGCGAUAAGUGCACUUGAGGACAACCAGGGAGUGGCAGAGGUUCUGUUCCUGAAGUGGUUGCCAGUAGCCUCUUUUCAGAGGUUCUUGGGCACCUUUGGGGGCCAUAAGUGACCCCUGAGAGGCAGGUUUCGCUUCACCAACCCCAAGGGCCCAUUGAGCCUUGCGGAAACCCUGCCUCCACUCUGGGUGCUCACCUCGUAAGCCGGUGUCCCAGGCCAUGGUCCAGAGCAGCCAUCUCCUGCUGACCCCUUUUCAGAUGGGGGAGCUCCUGCAACAUCCAGGUGUGUCUGCCAUGGAUGGGCACCUGUGCCCUGACCAACCCUGGCUUCAGCGGCACGUGACUCUUCUUGGCAUUUGCUUCUUGUUGCAGCCACUUCUGUGGACAAAGGGGAGUGUGUUGGAGGGUCAACACUCAGCCUGCUGCACGAUAAGACGUUCAACUACACGGGAGACAGCCAAGCCCAGGAGCUCUGCCUCUACUUGACCAAGGCUGCCAGUGUUCCCUACUUCGAAAUCCUGGAGAAAUGGAUCUACCGAGGCAUCAUCAAUGAUCCCUACAGGUGGGCGGAGGACCCUGUGGUCCUUCUCUUGGCAUGUGAGCUGGAGAAACCUCUGUGGUCUGUUUGGGAGUCCAAGCAGGGCGCUGUGUCCUGGGACUGCCUGGAUGAAGAGCCCUGGGGAGCCUCCUGCUCUGCGCCUCCCUGCCACGGGCCUAACCGUUUUUUAAUUCCACAGUGAAUUCAUGGUGGAAGAGCAUGAGCUCCAGAAGGAGAAGAUCCAAGAAGACUAUAAUGACAAGUACUGGGACCAGAGGUACACGAUCGUCCAGCAGCAGAUCCCCUCCUUCCUCCAGAAGAUUGCAGACAAAAUUCUCAGCACAGGUGAGGAGCCAAAUUCCUGCUUGACAGGAAAGCGGGAGGGGAGGAGGGAGGGUCAUGCAGUGGAUGGAGAAGCCCCCAGGCGGGCGGGGGGGAGCAGUUGUGGAGUGCCUGGGAGGUCUGGUUCCCUUUGCAGCUCUUCCCUUCUGCCUCUGGGCGAGUCGUAUGGAGGAUAUCCUGUGAGAUUUUUUCUCAAGCUUCAAAAGCCGAUCAUUGUAUUUAUCUGCCUUCUUUCCAUUGCCCUUCCGUCAAGGAGGGAGAUGACAGAUGAAGAAAUUGAGGGGAUCCUCAUCAAAUUUGCAGAGGAUACCAAACUGGGAGGGGUAGCUAAUGCUGCAGAAGACAGAAUCAGGAUGUAAAAAUACCUUAACGGAUUGGAGAAGUCAGCCCAAACUAACAAAAUGAGUUUCAGCAGAGACUAAUGUCAGGUUCUGUGCUUAAGUUUCACGCAUUGGGAGGAUGAGAGGGACAGCAGGGAAGGGAGAGGAAAUGUGCUCAUUUGUUUGUGUACAAGGUCUGAACAGCGUUUAGUGAAGAGCUGAGCCCGUCCUCAUGUCCCUUUGUCCCUUCCGUCCUGCAGGGAAGUAUUUGAAUGUCGUUCGGGAGUGUGGCCGUGAUGUCACUUGCCCCCUGGCCAAAGAGGUCAUCUACACACUGAAGGAGCGAGAAUAUGUGGAGCAGAUCGAGAAAGCCUACAACUACGCCAGCAAAGUGCUGCUCGAUUUCCUCAUGGAGGAAAAAGAACUUGUGGCCCACUUAAGGUUUGCUUCCUUCCAGUGGCGUCUCUUGCAGGCUGCUUUUCUUCUCCAUGCCAGCUGGGACAGUUUUAGGGGCUGCUGAUUUGGGAAAUGAAGGGGCAAAAGUGUGGAGGAGCUUGUGCUUUCCCAGCAGGGGGCGGGAAGCAGGCACUUUCAUAGACUUGCCCUGAGGAUGCAGGAGGAGCUGGGUGGAGGGGCAGGGGCCAUGGGACCCCCACUCCAAGAGAGAGUCCUCCCAUUUCCUGCCUCCCAGCUGAAUUGCAAGGGGCUGCUUUAUUGCAGAUGGCAUAAAGAUACCGUAUUUUUUGCUCUAUAAGACUCACUUUUUCUCUCUUAAAAAGUAAGGGGAAAUGUGUAUGCAUCUUAUGGAGUGAAUGCAGGCUGUGCAGCUAUCCCAGAAGCCAGAACAGCAAGAGGGAUUGCUGCUUUCACUGUGCAGCGAUCCCUCUUGCUGUUCUGGCUUCUGGGAUUCAGAAUAUUUUGUUUCUUAUUUUCCUCCUCCAAAAACUAGGUGUGUCUUAUGGUCUGGUGCGUCUUAUAGAGCGAAAAAUACGGUACUUGCAGCACUUCUUAUUCCAAAAGCCAGGUCCGCUUCUUCCUGUUUCUACCGGGCGGGAGGAGGCAGGCGGUGGGUGAGGGGUCCCUCCUGCCUCCUCUGUUCCUGCCGCAGUGAGUUGACUGGUGGCCCCUUUCUGUGAGCAGGUCCAUCAAGCACUACUUCCUCAUGGACCAGGGGGACUUCUACGUCCAUUUCAUGGACCUCACCGAAGAGGAGCUGAAGAAGCCGGUGGACGACAUUGUCCCCACCCGGCUGGAGGCUCUGCUGGAGCUGGCCCUGCGGAUGAGCACAGCAAACACAGACCCCUUCAAGGAUGACUUGAAGGUAAAGGAUGCCCGGCACCAAUGCAAGGCCUCAGAGCCCCAGAGGUGCUGCCGGUGUCUCCACAUUGAGCCUGGGCAACCCCGCAAGUGGCUUUGGCUUGUCUAGCAGGGCUCUGGGGGACGUUUGGUGUGGAGCCCUUGCCCACCCAACCAAAGAAAAGACUUUUUGCAGAUAAAGUUCCUCAGAGUCAGGAAGAGGUAGACUCCACCAUGGAAGCAGGGUCAGGCCAGGAGAGUGCUAGAAUCCUGUCUAGUCAAGUUGCAUGGAAUCAAUUCCAAUCUGUUACCUCUGAGGAUGUGGACAGGCUGCUUAGACGAGUGAAACCAACCACCUGUCUCCUUGAUCCUUGCCCAUCCUGGCUUAUAUAUAUAUUUUUUUAAAUAAUAUUUAUUAAAGUUUCAAAGGGGAAAAAAAGCACAUUAAUAAAAAAAAAUUAACAAUAAAAAGGAAAAAUACAAAGUAGAAAAAAAAGAAAAAACAGUUAAAAACAAUUCCAUCUUUUCCUCACUUCUUUUACGUUUACUUGUUUCCCGGACCUCCUCAUACCUCCCUCUUUUGUAUUCCAAUUCAAUUUGUUAAUCCAACAAUUCCUUUCCCUCCUAAUCCUAAUCCUUAGUCUUGAUAUAUUGUAAUGUUAGAUUUUUACAUAUUAAAAACCAAUUUUUCCAUAUUCUUUUGUACCUAUACAGCUAGAAACCACUUAACUUCAAUCCAACAUCAUUCUAACAUUCAUUAAUUUUACAAUAUUUCUGUAAAUAGUCUUUAAAUUUCUUCCAAUCUUCUUCCACCGACUCUUCUCCCUGGUCACGGAUUCUGCCAGUCAUUUCUGCCAAUUCCAUAUAGUCCAUUAAUUUCAUCUGCCAUUCCUCCAGUGUGGGUAAAUCUUGUGUCUUCCAAUGCUUUGCAAUGAGUAUUCUUGCUGCUGUUGUAGCAUACAUAAAGAAAGUUCUGUCCUUUUAACACCGAUUUGGCCGACUAUGCCCAGGAGAAAGGCCUCUGGUUUCUUCAAGAAGGUAUAUUUAAAUACCUUUUUAGUUCAUUAUAUAUCAUCUCCCAGAAAGCCUUAAUCUUUGGGCACGUCCACCAAAGGUGAAAAAAUGUACCUUCAGUUUCUUUACAUUUCCAACAUUUAUUAUCAGGCACAUGAUAGAUUUUUGCAAGCUUGACUGGGGUUAUGUACCACCUGUAUAUCAUUUUCAUAAUAUUUUCUCUUAAGGCAUUACAUGCCGUAAAUUUCAUACCUGUGGUCCACAACUGUUCCCAGUCAGCAAACAUAAUAUUAUGUCCAACAUCUUGUGCCCAUUUAAUCAUAGCAGAUUUCACCGUUUCAUCCUGAGUAUUCCAUUUCAACAGCAAGUUAUACAUCUUUGACGAAAUUUUAGUUUUGGGUUCUAACAAUUCUGUUUCUAAUUUUGAUUUUUCCACCUGGAAGCCGAUUUUCUUGUCCAAAUUGUAUGCCUCCAUUAUCUGAUAAUAAUGAAGCCAGUCUCGCACUUUGUUUUUUAGUUUUUCAAAACUCUGCAGUUUCAAUCUAUCUCCAUCUUGUUCCAAAAUUUCCCAAUAUUUCGGCCAUUUGACCUCCAUAUUGAGCUUUUUCAAGGCUUUCACUUCCAUCGGUGACAGCCACCUUGGAGUUUUACUUUCCAAUAAAUCCUUAUAUCUUAUCCAAACAUUAAACAAUGCUUUCCUGACAAUAUGGUUUUUAAAUGCUUUAUGUGCUUUGACCUUAUCGUACCACAGAUAUGCAUGCCAUCCAAAUACAUUGUUAAAACCUUCUAGAUCCAAAAUGUCAGUGUUUUCAAGAAGCAGCCAUUCUUUCAACCAGCAAAAAGCUGCUGAUUCAUAAUAAAGUUUGAAGUCUGGCAGGGCAAAUCCACCUCUUUCCUUUGCAUCUGUUAGUAUUUUAAAUUUUAUUCUGGGCUUUUUGCCCUGCCAGACAAAUCUAGAAAUAUCUCUCUGCCACCUCUUGAAACAGUCCAUUUUGUCCACAAUUUGCAAUGUUUGAAACAAAAACAACAUUCUAGGCAAUACAUUCAUUUUAACCGCAGCAAUAUGGCCCAACAGUGAAAGCUUCAAAUUUGAUCAAAUUUCUAAAUCUUUUUUUCACUUCAGCCCAACAUUUUUCAUAAUUAUCUUUAAAUAAGUUCCCAUUUUUUGCUGUCAAAUUGAUCCCCAAGUAUUUAACUUUCUUAACCACUGUCUCAUUCUGAAACCUCUCUCUCUCUAUUGGUGUUAAAUUUUUCUCUAAAGCCUUGGUUUUUACCUUAUUCAAUUUAAAUCCUGCAACUUGACCAAAUUCUUGAAUCAAUUCUAAAACCCUUUUGGUACUAGAUUCUGGCUCCUGUAACGUCAGUACUAAGUCAUCUGCAAAUGCUCUCAAUUUGUACUGUUUAGCUCCGACCUGUAUACCUUUAACCAACUGGUCCCUUCUAAUCAUGUUCAGCAAAACCUCCAGGACCGAAAUAAAAAGCAGUGGGGAAAUUGGGCAACCUUGUCGUGUCCCUUUUUUCUAUCUUAAAUUCUUCCGUCACCACAUUAUUUACAAUUAAUUUAGCCUUUUGUUCUGAAUAAAUUGCACUUAUACCGUUUUCAAAGCCUUGACCUACCCCCAUACCCUGUAGGUUCUUCUUCAUAAAACUCCAAGAAAUAUUGUCAAAAGCUUUCUCCGCGUCCACAAAUAUCAAAACUGCUUUAGUGUUUAUAUUCACUUCUAGUUUCUCCAAAAUAUCAAUUAUGUUCCUCAUAUUGUCAGACAAGUGUCUACCCGGGAGAAAGCCCGCUUGAUCCUUGCCCAUCCUGGCUUAUAAAAGCUAGCCGGGAAGGGCUGGGCGAUGGACUUCGCGGGGUGAUGAAUGCUUCCCUCCGUGAGGGAGCCUUCCUAGACCUGCUAAAAGAGGCGGUUAUCAAACCACUUCUUAAAAAACCAUCUUUAGACGCGGCCAAUAUGGCCAACUAUCGCCCAGUCUCAAAUCUUCCAUUCUUGGGCAAGGUGAUUGAGCGGGUAGUUGCUGAACAACUCCAAGCACUCCUGGAGGAUGUGAACCAUUUGGAUCCCUUUCAAUCGGGAUGCAGGCCUCACCAUGGGACUGAAACUGCCUUGGUUGUGCUGGUCGAUGAUCUCUGGCAGGUUAGGGACAAAGGUGAGAGCUGUUUCCUAGUUCUGCUGGAUCUCUCAGCGGCUUUUGAUACCAACCACCAUAACAUCCUUCUGGACUGUCUACAGGGGCUGGGAGCUGGGGGCACUGUCAUACAGUGGUUCUGCUCCUUCCUCCUGGGCCGUGAUCAGAAAGUGGGGGGGGGGGUGAGUGUUCAGACCCCUGGGCUCUCACUUGUAGGCUGCCUCAGGCUUCCGUCCUCUCCCCCCCCCCCCCCAAUGUUUUCAACAUCUACAUGCAGCCGCUGGGAGAGAUCAUCAGAGGGUUUGGGCUGAGUGUUCAUCAGUAUGUGGAUGAUACUCAAGCUCUACCUCUCUUUCAAAUCAGAACCAGUGAAGGCGGUGAAGGUCCUGUGUGAGUGUCUGGAGGAUGGAUGGCGGCCAACAGAUUGAGGUUGAAUCCUGACAAGACAGAAGUACUGUUUUUUGGGGACAAGAGGCGGGCAGGUGUGGAGGACUCCCCGGUCCUGAACAGGGUAAUUGUGCCCCUGAAGGACCAGGUACGCGGCGUGGGAGUCAUUUUGGACCUGCAGCUGUCCAUGGAGGCGCAGGUCAAUUCUGUGUCCAGGGCGGCUGUCUACCAGCUCCGUCUGGUACGCAGGCUGGAAUCCUAUCUGCUUGCGGACUGUCUUGCCAGAGUGGUGCAUGCUCUAUGCUUGGACUAUUGCAAUGCGCUGUAUGUGGGGCUACCUUUGAAGGUGACCCGGAAACUACAACUAUUCCAGAAUGUGGCAGCUAGACUGGUGACUGGGAGCGGCCACCGAGACCACAUAACACCGGUCUUGAAAUGUAGGUACAUUGCCUCCCAAUACAUUUCCAAGCACAAUUCAAAGUGUUGGUGCUGACCUUUAAACCCUUAAAUGGCCUCGGUCCAGCAUACCUGAAGGAGCGUCUCCACCCUCAUCGUUCUGCCCAGACACUGAGGUCCAGCGCUGUGGGCCUUCUGGUGGUUCCCUCACUGUGAGAAGCCACGUUACAGGGAACCAGGCAGAGGGUCUUCUCGGUAGUGGCACCCGCCCUGUGGAACGCCCUCCCACCAGAUGUCAAAGAGAAAAACAUCUCACCUUCGCCACAGCUUUAAGAAGCCUCACUGAGGCAUUGGGACAUCGCUGCUGCUGCACCGUGAGUGUUGGGGAAGGCCGCUCCCUCUUCAGGCUGAUUCCACCAGGCCUAGGGGGCGGGGCCCAGACUCACCUUCGCCACAGCUUUAAGAAGCCUCACUGAGGCAUUGGGACAUCGCUGCUGCUGCACCGUGAGUGUUGGGGAAGGCCGCUCCCUCUUCAGGCUGAUUCCACCAGGCCUAGGGGGCGGGGCCCAGACUCACCUCCGCUACUGUUUUAAGGACGCUGAAAGCUGCCGCAGCAAUUGUUAAAAAUGUUUUUAUAUAUUUUAAAGUAUUUUAAAGGUGUUUUUACUUUUUACUUUAUUGUACCACCGUGAACAGUGGUUUUUAUCUAUGUAUUUUUAUUUUGUUCUGUUUUAUUGUGGUUUGGGGUGGGGAUUGGUUUUGCUUAGGUAGAAUUGUUUUCAGUUUGGUUUGGUUUUUUAUUUUGUAAAUGGAGGCUUGUACGAGGCUUGGGAUUGCUACCGUGGAGGGGCGAGGGAGGUAUGGUGGUGGGGGCAGAUGUUAUAGGCGAAGGGGAUCGAGAUACGGAUAUGCUCGUACCCCCUUCCAAUCUGCGCCCCAUCCCGAGGGACGAGGGUAGGGUGAGCAAGGAUUACUCACCUCCGUCACUGGUGUUGUGCAAUGCCAGGUCUAUAGGCAACAAACCGCCACUCUGCGAGAUUUCUUUACCUCGCAGGGGGUUGACCUGGCUUGUGUGACGGAGACCUGGGUACGCGAAGGGGCAACAGUUACCUUACGAGAGAUGGCGCCCCCGGGUUUCUCCGUCCUCCACCAGUCACGGACUGUGGGCCGGGGGGGAGGGGUGGCAUUAUUAAUCCGGGAAGAUUGUCCUUUCAGGGCUCUACCAUCGCCAUCGAUCCCUGGCAUUGAAUGUGUUGGCCUAGUGUGGGGCUCUGAGGUGAGCUUGGCUGUCUGGCUGGUGUACCGGCCACCUAGCGCACCAGCAGCCACCCUGUCAGGCCUACUGGAGGCGGUGGCCGGCUGGGCCUUGGAGUUCCCUAACCUAUUGGUAUUGGGGGACUUCAACAUCCAUGCUGAUGCCACUCCCUCCUCACAGGCUCUGGACCUGGUGUCUUCCAUGGCAACACUAGGGCUCUCCCAGUUUGUUUCAGGCCCCACACAUCAAGCAGGCCACACGCUGGAUUUGAUCUUUGGCGUAGGUAUAGAUGUGAUCAUGUCUCCUUCAAUUAAGGUGCCAUGGUCUGAUCACUACGCUCUGAAAGCCAGGAUUGACUUUCCACCCCCACCCUGCUUAGGUGGCGAGCCGAUUUGGGCUCGCCCGCAGAGGCUGAUGGACCCUGAUAGAUUCCGUCAAGCCUUGCGGGACCUUGCUCCCCUGGCGACUCAUUGACUGAGCUUGUUGAGGGCUGGAAUACCCAGCUCCUGGCAGCCAUAGAUGAGAUCGCACCUAAGCGCCCUCUGCGACUCCGCAGAAACCGGGCUCCCUGGUUUACCGAGGAGCUUCGGAAAAUGAAGCGGGACCUCAGACGGCUAGAGCGAGUAUGGCGGGGUGCCCGUGACGGAGCCUCAAGAACAUCUUAUAGGGUUUUUAUGAAAACCUAUGAGAUGGCGGUGAAGGCCGCUAAGAAGUCUUACUUCUCGGCCUCCAUUGCAUCCGCUAGCUCUCGCCCGGCGCAAUUAUUUAGUAUAAUUAGGUCUUUAACGUCCCUUGAAGGACAGCCAAAUUUAAAUAACAAUCUGACACAUAGCUGUGAGGCGUUUGCGAAGCUUUUUUGCGGAGAAGGUCCUGUUGCUCCGCCAUGACCUCCCUGCCAAUUUGGAUACAAUAAAGGAACUGGAGGCCCUGACUGUCCUCGGGUCCAGUAUUGGACCACUUUGAUCGGAUAUCCCCAGCCGAUGUGGACAGACUCCUCCGAGCUGGAAAGCCCACCACCUGUCCUCUUGACCCGUGCCCGUCUUGGCUGAUUAGAGCGUGUCCAGACGAGGUGCGGGCCCCCCUGGGGGAUAUCAUCAAUUUGUCCCUUGGCACCGGGAUAUUUCCAGGGGAAUUGAAGGAGGCAGUGGUGCGCCCGCUCUUAAAGAAAACAUCAUUAGAUCCCUUAGAUCUAUCCAAUUACCGCCCGGUUUCGAAUCUUCCAUUCCUGGGUAAGGUGAUUGAGAGAGCGGUUGCUGAACAGCUUGGUAGGUUUCUGGAUGAAACAUCGGCUCUAGAUCCAUUCCAGUCUGGCUUCCGCGCUGGUCAUGGGACCGAGACGGCUCUGGUCGCCCUAACAGAUGAUCUCCGUAGGCAGCUGGAUCGAGGCGGGUCGGGGCUGCUGAUUCUUCUAGAUCUGUCAGCAGCCUUCGACAUGGUUGAUCACGAACUCCUGGACCACCGCCUUGCCGACGUGGGGAUCCAGGGCACAGUCCUUCAAUGGCUGCGCUCGUUUCUCUCCGGUCGGGGACAGAGGGUGGCGCUUGGGGGAAUUGUCAUCCCGCCACUCCUUGGUGUGUGGAGUGCCUCAGGGUGCGAUACUCUCCCGAUGCUUUUAACAUCUUUAUGCGCCCUCGCCCAGCUUGUCCGGAGUUUUGGGCUGGGUUGCCAUCAGUAUGCCGAUGACACCCAACUCUAUCUGUUGAUGGAUGGCCAUCCUGACUCGGCCCCAGACACACUGACCAGAUGUUUGGAAGCUGUGGCUGGAUGGUUACGCGGAAGCCGGUUGAAGUUAAAUCCUUCGAAGACAGAGGUCCUCUGGCUGGGACGGGACGAUAUGGGAUUGGGGGCAACUCCCAUCUCUUGCGGGGUGCAAUUAGUGCCAGCACCGUCCGUUAAGAGUUUGGGUGUAAUCUUCGAUACCUCCCUCUCUAUGGAGGCGCAGAUUACAGCUAUAACAAAGGCGGCAUUUUUUCAUCUCCGCCAAGCUAAGCAGUUGGCCCCUUAUCUCUCUCGCCCUGACCUAGCCACUGUGAUCCACGCGACGGUCACCUCCAGACUGGAUUAUUGUAACUCGCUCUACGUGGGGCUGCCCUUGAGACUGACCCAGAAACUCCAGCGGGUGCAGAAUGCCGCGGCGAGACUCCUUAUGGGGUCUUCGCUGCGAGAUCACAUUCAUCCGGUACUAUACCAGCUGCACUGGCUCCCGGUGGAGUACAGGAUCAGGUUUAAGGUGCUGGUUUUAACCUUUAAAGCCCUAUACGGCCUAGGACCCUCGUACCUACGGGACCGCCUCUCCUGGUAUGCCCCACAGAGGAACCUACGGUCUGCAAAUAAAAACAUCCUGAAGGUCCCAGGCCUCAGAGAGGUUAGGCUGGCCUCAACUAGAGCCAGGGCUUUCUCGGCUGCGGCUCCAAUCUGGUGGAACGCUCUGUCACAAGAGACUAGGGCCCUGCGGGACCUGACAUCUUUCCGCAAGGCCUGCAAGACAGAGUUGUUCCACCAGGCCUUUGGUCAGGGCCCAGCCUGACUCCCACCUCCGGCAACCUACACAGAACUUUGCUCAACGGUUGCCAUUAAUUUGAUUUUAAUUAAUUUUUAUAAUGAAAUGUUUUAGAAUGUUGGACUAUUUAAUUGUUUGAUUAUUUAUUUGUUGUUAGCCGCCCUGAGCCUGGCUUUGGCUGGGGAGGGCGGGAUAUAAAUAAAAUUUUUUAUUAUUAUUAUUAUUAUUAUUAUUACUACCCCACUUUUAGAAGACAUAUGAAGGCAGCCCUGUUUAGGGAAGCUUUUAAUUUUUGAUGGACCAAUGUAUUUUAAUACUUUGUUGAAAGCCGCCCAGAAUGGCUGCGAAAACCCAGCCAGAUGGGUGGGGUAUAAAUAUCGUUAUUAUUAUUAUUCCAGGUUUUUUAAGACUACUAUGGAGUGUUUCUGCUGGUUCAGGGUUUGACUUUGGCCUCACGGACUGUCAGUGAAUGAAAAUUCAAAUAUUUGCUAUCAUUUGUUUGUUGACAGUCUAGUCACAUGCUCUGUUUGGCAGUUUGAGUGUCUGACUGGCCUCCUUCCUCUCGCGGCCCUUUUCCCUCUUUCCAGGUUGACUUGAUGCCCCACGAUCUCAUCACGCAGCUCCUGAGAGUCCUGGCCAUCGAAACCAAGCAGGAGAAGGCCAUCAUCCACGCAGACCCCACGGAGCUCUCGCUCAGCGGCCUGGAAGCCUUUUCCUUCGAUUACAUCGUGAAGUGGCCUCUCUCGCUGAUCAUCAACAGGUAAGGCAGAGCAGCUCAGCUGAUGGUGGCUCAUCCUUUCCAUCCAGAGGGGGCAGAGCACAGCCAGCCAUUGGCCUGAUCCUGAUCCUCCUUCCUCCGUGCAUGUGCCUCAGUCAAUGCAUCAUAACUCUGGAGGGGAAGGGGGUGCUGGGAAGGCCUCCUUGGUGCCUCUGGAGGAAAGAGGGCUGGCUGGCCCCUGGCCCUGGGGUAACCUGCCUUGGCCCCUCCGGGCCCUGGCCAAGCAGCGGCUCCUCCACGCCUCUCCCCGUCUCCUAGGAAGGCCUUGACGCGCUACCAGAUGCUCUUCCGGCACAUGUUCUAUUGCAAACAUGUGGAGCGCCAGCUGUGCAAUGUCUGGAUCAGCAGCAAGACGGCCAAGCAGUGCUCCCUGCACUCCUCCAAAUGGUGAGCUCUCCCAGAGCCAAGCAGGCCCAGUCGCCAGCAGAGUCUCUGAAGGCGGAGGCCUAGAGCGGAGCCUGGCCCCUCCACAUGUGCCGUGGGUGCUCAGCCCACUGAGCUGUGGCCGCUUCCUGGGCCUUCCUGCUUUCUGCAGAAUGAACACCCUCUUGGAUGGACGAGGCCAAUGGGAGGGCAUUGGGCUGCUGGGUCCCCUGGCAGCAAGAGGGUCUCUCCCUGCAAGUCCUCUGACCCUGGGAGCUCCCCCUUCAGAUUCUGGAAGGGGGCACUGAGGCUUCAGAAGCCGCUCAAGGGGCAAAGACCUUGGUAGCCAGAACUGGCUGCGGGGGGGGGGGGUUUCCUCCUUGCUGCCUUCCUCCCCCCCCCCCCCAUUGCAGGGCUCCUCCUGCCUGGCACUGGUUUGGGCUCCUUCCUGGGCUUCUGGGCAGCAUCCUGCAGCCCCACAGGGGCUCUCCUCCCAUCUACCCCUCCAGGCUCCUCCCUCUCUCGUUCCCAGGUUUGCUGGCGCCUUCACUCUCCGCCAACGGAUGCUCAACUUUGUGCAGAAUAUCCAGUACUACAUGAUGUUCGAAGUGAUGGAGCCAACUUGGCACAUCCUGGAGAAGAACCUGAAGUCGGUCAGUUUUGGGCCAGUGGCUCUCAGAGCCUCUGUGGGCCACACCAGGCCCCAAGUCCUCCUUUCGCCCCCCAAUGGUGGGGCUGGGUGGGGCCUCUGUUCCCAAGGGGCUUUCUUCUUUUUCCGCUAAAACAGGGGCUUCAUUUGUGAGUUGGAAGGGUGUCAGGCUCUUUUGGGAAAGCAAGGUUCUGGCUGGUAAGGAGCUUUCUGCUGUGCCGGAGAGCCUGAAGUAGCUGCUCACAGGAGGCCACUGGCCCAGAAACCCCCUUGGCUACAUUUUGGCUUCUAGUGCUCCCUUUCCUCCAAUGUGACAGUUAGAUGGAGCUCCCUUUGCCACCUGCCUCAGCCCCUGAAAAUAAGGCUUUGUCAUCGCUAGCUCUGCAUGUUGAUUGUAGCAAAAGAACAGAGAACUAUUUCUGGCCAUGGCUGUUUCCGAUUCCCUCUUUGCUGCCGGGGGGCGUUUCUGAUGGGCUGCUGUCUCCUCUGGGCAGGCUUCCAAUAUUGAUGAUGUCUUGAGCCACCACACCAGCUUCCUGGACAACUGCUUGAAGGACUGCAUGCUCACCAACCCAGAGCUGCUGAAGAUCUUCUCCAAAAUGAUGUCUGUCUGCGUCAUGUUCACCAACUGCAUGCAGGUGGGCUCCCUCUUGCGUCCCUCUGUGCCACGGGGAGCGAGGGGCACCCCCUGAGUGCGCCAGCAUGCUCUGGGCUCAUGCCUGCCUUUGUCCCACCCACCAGAGAUUAUCCAACAGCAUAAAGCUAGACAAUGAGCUGGGACGCCUGACGGUGGAGCACGGGACCAUGAGGGGGCCCCCCACUGAGCAGGAGCGCACAGAGGAAUCCUCCCGGAAGCAGCUGGCGAACAAGGUAGGGGUUCAGGGGAGGGUGGAGGUGCCUCUUCAUUUGCAGAUCCCAGCCCUUCGCUAAGGAAAGCACCUCAAGUGUGGGCAGAGCCCUUCUCUCGUGGUGCUGAGCACUAUCUGGCUCCUUCCCAAGUCCUUGUGCUCUCCAGGAAAUCCUGCCCCAGGAUGAACCAUGGCAGCAAGGCCAGGGCCGCUUCCUUGCCUGCCCUCCCUUCUCCCUUGUGAGCCUUAACUCUCUCUCUCUCCCCUCCCCCCACCUCUGCAGCUGUCAGCAGAGCAGGCCGGUACCACGCAGGUCACCUCUGGCUUCGAGGCCACAAUCAACAAGUUUGACAGCAAUUUCUCAGCCCACCUCCUGGACCUGCUGGACAAGCUGAGCAUCUACAGCACCAACGACUGCGAGCACAGCAUGAUCAACAUCAUUUACAGGUGAGCAGGGAGCAGCAUCUCUUGGGCAGCUGGAGGGAGCCUGGGGCUCGUGUGGAGGCUCUGUCCUCCUCCCAGCAUCAGGGCAGCUGUGCAGGGAAUGGCGCCUGCUUGGCCAUGGCAGGAAGGAGGAGGUUGGACUCUGCAGACCCUGCUCUUCUGCUCUGGCAGAGGGACUUCCUGGUCACGCUCCUGUGCUGCUUCCACCCUCCUCUCCCUCUCUCUCUCCGCCCCCAGGUUGGACUUCAACGGCUUCUACACGGAGCGGCUGGAGCACAUGUCUGCCGAGCGGAGCCAGAAAGCCGUGCUGCAGGCGGGGCCCCCCAGGCCUCUGGUGGCCACCCAGUGACCCCCUUUCCUCUCCCCAGGGGCUGCACCCAGAACUCCCCACAUAAAUUUAGCACUUUUAUUGCGUAGGUAGCCUAGAACUGCAGCAACACACUCCCGCUGCAGCCGCCGUUGCUUGUCCAUAAAGAAUUGUGGCGUUUCUGGAUGCAUCUACUUUUUCAACGCAGCUGAACAAUUUGGUGUAUUUUACUUGACAUAAAGAAUACCUGUAAGCAGUUCCUGAAGUCCUGUCAUGUGACACAGGUGGCGGGAGGGAGGCGUUGAGGCCUAUGAGAUGGUGAUGGAGCCAAAGGGGGCACAGCAAGGCCCCAUCCCAUAACCUUGGGGCAGCCCACACUGCGUCCUACAUGCUCUGUUGGGAAAGAGGGGCCUUUCCAUUAGACUGUCUUAGUUGUGGGCUUGCUAAAGAGGACACCCACACCAUAUAUUGAAAGCUCCCUUGUAACACCCCAACACACACACACCUGCAAGGAGGGAAGCUUCUUGCUUGUUCAUAUGGCAUUGGCAGUGCUGCUGCAACCUGCCUUUUUUGGAGCUGAGAAACUUGGCACUUCAGACUCACUCUUCAACCCCCCCCCCCUCCACUAGCUUUCUGCGGGGGAGCGGGGAGAGAAACUAAUCUGCUCUGGCGAAAUGCAGUGUGUGUGAGAUGAAGAGCAGCUUGUUAAAGGCUAGAAGGCAACCAUUGAGAUGCAGCACAGAUACAGAAGCCACAGGAAAAGAUUAUGAAAAUAACUUUAUUUUCCUUUAAUCCAAAGUUCAACAUUUUGCAUAUCUCUCUCUUGCUUUUUUGAAAUACAAGCCAUACAAAAAAAGCCAGGAAACACUUCCAGUCAGCAGGUUUACCUUCCACAAAUGCAUUUUUAAGUUCUGAAGCAAAGUCUGCCCACCAGUUUAAUCCAGUUUAUAAUUACAACCCAACAAAUGUGUCCCCACUUCUGCACACGCCCUGGCAUCGCGGUUCAUUCAACCUGGCCAUUGGCCCCAGCCUUUGGGCAUCUCUGCAAGGAGCAUCCGGUACCGUGUUGUGGGGUGGGCUCCACAGAGGGGCAAUGCCCCACCCAGGGGACAGAGAGAAAGAAGCAAUGAUCAAGCAGCGCAACACACCCACACCCAAGGGAGCUUGAAAGUACUACCUGGAGGAAGGUUUUGAGAGAGGAACACUCUCCAAAAGGACAACAGAUGCUCCUUCAUCACAAGCAAACCCUGCAAGGAGGCUUGAAGAGCAGCUUUCCAGCAAAACCCAUGACCAUGCAAGCACCAGUGGUAAAAUCAGAUUUCCCCGCCCCCAUUUUGCUGUGUCAAAGUUGUCCUCACAGGAGGUCUGCGGUAGAGUCUACCCUCCACGGACUUAACGGCUGAGGUCCUCCAGAGCACCCCCCCCACCCCUCCUCUGUGGGGCAGAUGCAGCAGCCAUAAAACUCCCAUGAAAGCUGGCCCUUGGGCUGUGGAGGACCACGCAACUUCAAGGACGGUUUGUGCUGCCCUGAAGAAGGCAGAUCUGAGGCAGCCAGUGAGUUGCAGUUUCAGAACACGGAGCAGACACGACAGCUGGUGCAGCAGAGGCAUCAAGUGGCGGUUGCCGUGGCAGAGCUGGCUCCGCCUCCCCCGUGCUGGAGGCGCAGCUUCCCUGCUUUGGAGAGGAGACGGCUGUCUCUAGCAGUCCUCGCCUCUGCCGGCUCAAAGGCGUAAGAGCCCAGAAAGAGGUUCGGGGGGAGGCUGCUGCCAAAGUAGAGCUUGCUGUUGGAGGCCACGGCCUGGUACCUCAUCAGCUCCAGGAAGGCAGGUGUCAGUUUCAGCUGCACAGGGCAGGGGGAGAGAGGAGGAGAACGAAUGAGGCAAGGAUUUCUGUGCCAUGAGCAUCCACGGGAUACCCACAGUGCAGCCAUCCUUCCAAAUGAGCAGGAGUUCUGUGUUUCUGAGGCAAAAUCCUUUUCCUUCUCCCAGAGGAUGGCUCAGGAUCUACCCCCAGCACACACACGGGCAGCCAAGAGUCAACACCCACCUUGUUCGAGGCAGCUGCUUUCUGGGCCAUGUAGAAGUUGGCGUCAGCCUUCGCCUUCUCUCGCGCCAAGAAAGCCGUGUCUGCGAAGGGACCAAGGAAGGCAGCUCAGGAGAGAGGAGGAUCACCAGGGUGCCCCAUGGGGAUACGGCCCUGGAAACCCACAGGCCCUGCAGAUCUGUUUUUCAGGCUCAAGCAAUCUGAGCCAGUGAACACAAGUGAAUCUGGAGCAAAGGAGCCCCUGCCUUGGGCCACCCCCAGUGGCAUCCACAAGGCAUCAGUGCUCAACUAUGGCCAGACACCCAGGCUGCACCCGGACUUGGCUUCUCAGUCCCCAGAAGACAGGCAAAGUCCCAGUGCUCUGCUUGGCUGCAGGCAAAAUGCUUGUGGGUAGCACAGUCAGAGACGCAGGGUUAUUUGGCUCACAGCUUCUGCUUUGCAGGCAGGGAGGAGGUAGAGGUAAGGGCUGCAUAGCUACCUUCAAGCUCAGAAAUUUGCUUCUCCAUCAAAGUCUCCAUGACCCUCUGCUGGCAAUGAAUCUUUGCCACCUGAGCGGCCUUCUCUGCUUCUGUGAGGAGAGAGCAGUCAGUCAAACACCAGCAGCCAAGGGCACCAAUGCUCCAGACCCGGGCAAAGCCGAGCCCCACAGCCAGCGCUCCAGGACUCCCGAGAGGCAAUCUGUGGCAACAGCGCUCUAGCAGCAGGCAACCAAGAACCCCAAAGGGCCCACAGGCCUGGCUUGCGACACAUCGUCACUGGGACCUCACAGGCCAUGUCCUCUUCUCAGAAAGGCCCUGCUGGGCCUGGGGAAAGACGACACUCUGGCCUCUGCCAGAAGUGAAGCGGUCACCACAGGCCCCUCUCCAGUCUCUUGCUCCAGGCUGCCUUUGCAACCAGGCGCUAGCAACUGUUUGCCAUGUCAAGCAAUAAGCUACACAGCUGCCACAGGAUUCUCGUUCCGCAUUUGCCAGAAACUGAUCUUUUAUUGCAGCAGCCUCCACACUUCAGAACUCCCUGUCUAUUGACACCAGGCAGGUGCCUUCAUCACUGUGGCCUUUUUGGCGCCUGCUAAGAAUAGUUUGUUUAAGACAAGCCUGCCCAAAAAAUGUAAGAUGUUUUAUCCAUUUUUAGCUUACUGCUGGUUUCAAUUCUUAUCUAAUUGUUUUAAAUAGCUGUUUUUAACUGCUUUUACUGUUUUUUUCAUUUUAUGCAUUUCAUAAACCACUUUAGGGUUUUUUAACAAUCACAUGGUAUAUAAAUUGUAUG